AUGGAAGAAACUUUCAAUAAUAUAUAUUUCAAGGGAGAAGGCUAUCAAACGAACAGCUAAAUCUUAGAUCAAGCGAAUCAGUCAACCAUUUCGAAUCACAUGAACAAAUUUAUGAAUCUGUAUUUACAAGUAUUAUUAAUCAUAUUGUAUUAAGAAAGUUCACUUGUAAAUGUUAUUAUAUCAAUGUGAUAGUGAAGAGUAAUGUCAUUAUUAUGUUGAAUAAUUGAAUAGAUAUUUGCAAUAGUUUUGUGCAGCUGGAAAAGAGUUUAAUAAUUAUAAGAAAUUCUCUUUGAACUUCAAUUGGAGUGAAUAUCAUAAAUAGAAUUUCAUCACUAGAAUACUCUACGAUUCCAAAAUUUACGAUACGAUAAUGACAAUCAAGGAUAACUAUCAAAGCGAGGGAGUUGAGAAACUAGUUAAUUUAAUCAAAGCAAAGUAAAAUAACAACUCACCAAAAUAGUAAAAACAAUAAGAUAGAAUAUUGUUGCGAUCUGGUUUACUAAGAGUAAACUAUCUAAAUUAAAACUCAUUCUGAUU